AUGACUCAGGUGCCUGCUGACUACCUGUCAACCACCAGCUCCUACAACUAUGAACCACCCCUCCCCUCCGUGGCUCGGGCCAGCACCCUCACCAAGGUCCCUCCAGCCAAAAAAAUAACCUUCUUCAAGAGUGGAGACCCUCAGUUUGCAGGAGUCAAGAUGGCCAUCAACCAGCGGAGCUUCAAGAGCUUCAACGCGCUCAUGGAUGACCUCUCCCAUCGGGUCCCGCUGCCGUUUGGGGUCCGGACCAUCACCACCCCACGAGGAAUACACUGCAUCAGUGAGCUGGACCAGCUGGAGGACGGAGGCUGCUACUUGUGCUCCGACAAGAAGUACGUGAAGCCCAUCAGCAUCACCUCUGGGGGACACAGGCCGGCCCCGCCACGGAACAGUCGCCCCUCCAGCACCAUGAGGAGAGCGGCUCAGGAGGGCAAGCUGGAAGAUUAUUCCACACCUUUCACUCACCAUGGCCCCAGAAUACCCAAGAAAAUCACUCUGGUUAAGAAUGGGGAAAGUGGAUUUCGGCGCUCCAUCAUCCUGAACCGCAGAAAUGCCCGGAGUUUCAAAACGCUCCUGGAUGAGAUCACAGAGAUCCUGCAGUUCCCAGUGAAGAAGCUCUACACUGUUGAUGGGAAGAAGAUCGACAGCAUGCAGGCCCUGCUCCACUGCCCCAGCGUGCUGGUGUGUGUAGGCCGGGAGCCAUUCAAACCUAUAUCCAUGGAGAAUUUGAGGAAACACUCGGUGGAGAAGCUGCCCAACCUGCCUCCCCGCUCCAACAAUGGCAACAAUGUCAACGAGAACAAUGACAAUCUUUCUCCAUCUUUCUUCACUCCAGUGAACUUCGGACUGAAAGCCAAAAAAAGCGUUAUCCAUCCACGGUCAGCAUCCAGCAACAGAUCGAUGAGAUUUUCCUUGUCAUCAGAAAAGUCAUACCCCAAUGGCCUUGUGGCCUCUCCAGACAACGGGGCACCCUUCUCCAAUGGCUGCUCUCACCCAAAAGCUGGGGACCUGGUCCAGUCCUUGGUCAACGAUGACAUUGAGAAGCGGGUCCAUGUGAACAAGGAUGGGAGCUUGUCCGUGGAGAUGAAGGUUCGCUUCCGUUUGCUCAAUGAUGAGACUUUGCAGUGGUCCACUCAGAUCAAAAAGUCCAACCUGAUGAACCGGCUGCCUUGUGAAGAGUCAGGAGUGGAGGAGGACAGUGGACUAGAUCCCCUACGGAAAAUGAACCCAGAAGCCAGCUCGGAAGCAGAUGAUUCCUUAUAUCCCUGUGAUAUCGAUUCCUACAUGUCCAAACUUGAGGAAUCAGAAUGUGACGAGGCCCACUGUCACAGCUGUGGAAAGAAACACCAGGACUAUGACAUUUGGAAGAACCCCAUGCACAUGUCCCAGAGGGAAGAGCCCAGCGUGCGAAGCACCUGGCACACGCGGUCGUCAUGCUCCAGCACAUCUUCCCGGAGAAGAGUAGUCCACAAAAAAAUGACAUCUGUAGAUAGCAUCCACACCACAUCCAGCGAGGAAUUCUCUGAGCACAUUGUGAGAGAGUCCUCAUCCUACUCAGAGACUAUAAAGAACAGAGUGGCGUAUCGAUCCGUUAAAAAGUGUAUGUGCCGAAGUGAUUUAUCUACCGGUGCUUCCAAUGGAGAAGAACAGCAGGAAUACACUCAGACAAGCACAGGAAACAGCCAGAGGCCUUCAUCCUUGGGCUUGAUGUCACAUUCAAGCUGUGAAAACAACCUGGAUACUCAAGACACCCCUGAAGACCAGGAGAUCACCAAAAUAAUUUCACAAAAUGAGGAUGCAAAUUGUUUUGAAGCUUCCUCUGUGAAGUGCUUGAAGGAUGAGGAGGAAGAGGUUGAAAGCAGCAGAGUUGGGAGUGUCAUGUCCAGGUCAUCUCUGCAGUCCAAGCAGAGCAAGAAGAACGUGUGUGAGGAAACGAGCAGCGUGGGCAGGAGCAUGUCCUCCUCAAGCCUUCAGAAGGCAAAUCAGGGAGACAACAGCCAGUGCUCCACCCCUGCCAACAGCGUGCACAGCAAGUCCAGUAACUGCACCACACCAAAAGAAAAGACUGAGCAGAGUGACCCCUCUGAUGACAACCCAGUGGUGUCCUCUUUCUCCAGUGAGUCCUGCCCCAAGAAAGAGACUGAAGAGGUGGAAGCAGAGCAGGAAGAAAGUGAAGUCAAUGAAGUCAGCUCAGUGUCAGCAAAAACUAAGCCAAGCCAGUCAAUCAGGGGUGAGAGCAGUGAAGGGGAACAAUGCUCUAUGCAAGGAACCCACCGUUCCAAGGCUAGUGACAUGAACAGCAAGAAAAGUGGCAGUGAUGAGAACAUUCCAUGCAGUGUGUCUUGCUCUUCCAGAGGGUCCAGAAAGAGCAAACGCAGUCACAUUCAUUUGGAUGCACAGUCUGAAAUAUCUGUCUCUUCACUCGAAUCCACUCCAAAUAAAAAGAAGAGUUCGCUACAUGCGGAUGAUGCAAGAUCGGGCAGCAGGGCAUCAAUUUACUCCAAAAGCUCAUGUGAAACCAAGAAAAAAUCUGUUGGAGACACCAUUUCUCAUAAGUCAGGAUCUCUUCACUCAAACAUUUCAUCUACCAGUGAAGCAGAGGCAAAUGCAGGUCCUGCUGAGGAGAAAAGCUCAAGAAGUACUGCCAGUGGCUGCAGUGAAUCCUCAAAAAACUCAAAGAAGAGAAGCCAUAAAGCAGAAAGCAGCAAGCCAUCAUCCCUCUACUCAAGUUUUUCAAGUCCUAAUGGAAAAGCUGGAGAGAGUCAUGCCAAGAUUAGUUCAGAACCCUCUUCUUCAAAACAGGGAAGCAUGAGUGGGAGUGUAUGUUCAAAAGUUGACCACUCAGCUGAGGAUGGCAUUAGGAAUGGAAAACCUACAAGUAGCUCCUCAAGAGUCUCUUCAAAGUCAGAAAUAAAAGAUAAAUGUGUGUUGACACAGAUAUCCCAGGAAACUGAUGAUAGGUGUUCACAGUCAAACAUGUCCCUAUCUUCAAAAUCAAGGCAGACAAACCCAAAAAAUCUUCGUGUGAAGGUGUCAAACUCCAGCCGGGCAUCGGUGUCGGAGACUAUGUCAGUGUGCAGUCUGCACUGCCCUGCCCCACCAAAAGGGAAGCCAAAAAGAAAAAACAUGCGUUCAACCAUGUUGAAGAAUUCCUCCAUCAGCAGCAUCGGCACCGAGUCUGUGAUGACCGCAGGAAGAGAGCAGAAAGAAAUUGUGGAUUCCUCCAAAGCAACUUCCUAUGGUUCUAAAUCCACUGCAGCCAAAAAAGAUGGUCAGAAUAAUAAAGUGACUGAUGAUAUUUGCAGCAAAAAAACAGAGGAAGAGGUAGAAGACACAGGUGUUCAGGAGGAAGGAGGUGAUUUAAUGCCAUCAGCUCUACCAAAUACAUCUCCAGAAGAAGUUGUGCAAGAAUGGCUCAGAAAAAUCCCUUCGGAAACGUUGCUUAUGAAAUACGAAAUGGAGGAUGACAGAGAGGAGGAAUGUGCAGAGUCGACCACUGAGGUAUCACACUGUACAAAUGCUGAGGAAGCCCCAGAGGAGGAAAAAGCUGAGGAAAAGAAUGAGGAGGAGGAGGAGGCUGAAAAGGAUGAAGCAAAGGAUGAAGUGGAAGAAGAGAAAGCAGAAGACACAGCUAUUAUUGAAGAGGCUGAAGAAUGCGUGAACCAGGAAGAAAUCUCUGAGGUUGCAGCUGAAGCUGCCGAAGCUGAGCAGGCAGAAUGCAACAAGUCUGUUACAUCCAGCCAAAAUAACAACAAGAGAGACCUGCCAACCUCUGUCCAGAUGUCUGUCCAGAUCAUGAAGGCCUUGCUCAGUUCAAAGCACGAGACCAAAUUUGACCGAUCAAACAGCUUGCCUGAAGUGUCCCCCACAAUGGGGAGAAAACUGAGUAAUUCCGCUAACAUUUUGAUUUCUUGUCUUGCCAGCCUUCAGCUCCUUGAUGAAGAGUCAGAGGAUCCAUCAGAAAACUCAAAACAUUUGAAUAAGUCAAGGUACACAGAGCUGCUAAAUAUUUUUCAAGCCCUCUGGUUUGGGUGCACUGCUGAAAGGAGCGGCCCAAGUUCAGGCCAAGAGGCAAGCAAGCCGGCAAAACCAGUGUCUGGGUCUAAGGUCCCAAAAUCCAUGGAUCACGCCUUCACUGCCAUGUCCUCCUCUGGGGUUGAUGUUUGCAGUGGCUCUGGUGGCUCAGGAGAAGAGUGCACAGCUGGUGCCACGUUGGUGGCACAGAAAACCAUGGAAUGCAAAUCAGCUGAGCAAAUGGAAAAUGCAGAGACUGGCACAGAACUGACUGAGGUUGAGGAGCAAAGUAAAGAGGAAGAGCAGCCAUCCUGCCCUUCCACAGCCUGCUCAGAGGCAAAAGAUGAGGGAAAAGCAGAGUCUGCUAGAGAGGAGUCUGUAAUCCAGGAGGGAGAAGAGAAUAAGGAGGAUCAGGGCAGUAACUGUGAGCAUGGUCAGGAGGAAGGGGGAGAAAAUGAAAAUGAGGAAGAAAACAAAUCAGCUGAAACUGGAGAACAGGAAAAAGCUGAAGCUGUGAAUGACGAAGUCCCACAAGAAAAGCCUGAAGAGGAAGCUGAUCAGCCAGAGACCACUGGUGAUGCUGAUGUUGGUGAUGCUGAUGUCAGGACAGAGCUGAAAGAUGAAUUGCAAGAGCAGCCCCAAGAAGAGUCUCCAAAUGACCCUGAGCCCAAAGUCAAUACACCCACCAUUGUGGACACAUCUGUUGUCAAGCAAAACUCCGUGGAUCCAGACCCAACCUGGGUCCUGAGACUACUCAAGAAAAUCGAGAAGGAGUUCAUGGCUCACUAUGUCAAUGCCAUGAAUGAGUUUAAAGUCAGGUGGAACCUGCAGGACAACCAGCAGAUGGAUGCAAUGAUACUGGAGCUGAAGGAGGAAGUGAGUAAAAGGAUACAAAAGAGCAUAGAGAAAGAGUUGAGGAAGAUCAAAAGCAGGGCUGGAAGGAGGAUGCCAAGGCCUCCAGAAGAGCCACCCACACGCGAGUCCAAACUCCAAACUGAGCAGAGGAGAUGGCGACUUCAAACUAUGCACAAAAAGUCCCUCUUUGGAGACAAGAAUGGUGCCCAAAUGAGGCUGGAGGAGACGUCAGACUUAUCAUUAGAUGUAGACAAUGACUUUAACCUUAGUGCAGCCUUGGAGGACAGCAUUAACAAACAAUCCAGUGAGGAGGAAUAUUGCCCAUGUGACUCCUGUGUAAGGAAAAAACUGGCUUCCAGGCCUGCCAGAGCCCCUGUGGUGGCCACCAAUGCCCCAGUCAUGAAAGCCUUUGAUUUGCAGAAAAUCCUGAGGCUGAAGAAAGAUGACAAUGAGGAAGCCAUUGUUGCAGAAGCAGCCCAGGACACCAAAACACUUCCCAAUGGUUCUGUGGAGGAAGGGGCAGAAAACGAGGAGAAGGAUGAGGAGCAACCUCAGACAGAUGAAAGAGAAGCGGAGGAUGAUGACAGAAAAGAGCCAGAAUUAAAUGAAGAUGAUAGUGCAACGUUGAAUGGAGAUGGAGAAGAACCUGAAGUAGCAGAUAGUCAAAACGCUGAGGUGGAGGAUGAGGCCAGAAUUGAAGAAACCAAAGAAGAAGCAGAAGAAGGAGGGGAAGAAACACAAGGAGAAGAAGAGAAAGAGGAAGAAGAAAUGGCCAAGGCUGAAGAGGAGGAAAUAAAAGAGAAGGAUGGUGAAACUAAUGAAGAUGAGGAAGUUAAAGAGGAAGAAGCAGAAGAAACUAAGGAGGAAGAGGAACUAAAUGAGGAGGAAGAGAAGGAAGAAGAAGAGGGAGUGAAGGAGGAAGAAGAAACAAAGGAGGAAGAAGGGAAGGAGGAAGAGGAAGAAGCAAAGGAAGAAGAAGAAGAGGAAGCAAAAGAGGAGGAGGGGGAAGCAAAAGAGGAAGAGGAAGAAGCAAAUGAGGAGGAGGAGGAAGAGGCCAAAGAGGAGGAGGAAGAGGAGGAGGAAGAGGCCAAAGAGGAGGAGGAAGCAAAAGAGGAAGAAGCAAAUGAGGAGGAGGAAAAAGAAGAGAAGGAGGAAGAGGAAGAAGAAGCAAAAGAGGAAGAGGAGGAAGCGAAAGAGGAGGAGGAGGAGGAAGCGAAAGAGGAGGAGGAGGAGGAAGCGAAAGAGGAGGAGGAGGAGGAAGCGAAAGAGGAGGAGGAGAAGGAAGAAGUAAAAGAGGAGGAGGAAGAAGAAGCCAAAGAGGAGGAAGCAAAAGAGGAUGAAGAAAAAGAAGAGAAGGAGGAAGAGGAAGAAGCAAAAGAGGGGGAGGAAGAAGCAAAAAAGGAGGAGGAGGAGGAGGGGGAGGAGGAGGAGGGGGAAGAGAAGGAGGAAGAAGCCAAAGAG